UGUAGGAAUAUAAAACGGCCCCUGUGGCAGCACAGGUGAUCUCCACCUGCACCCUGUGCUCUGACAGCACUGAUUGAGACUGCUUGAGAUCUUCACAAUGUGGUAAAACCCGAGCACGACUUACCUCCAUGACCCAGCACUGUGUAUGAAAUGGCUUUUGUCGCUGCACUAAUUUUUCUUCUCCCUGCCUCAUGGGCUUGUAUUCCACAAAAAGCUGAUUAUGUUAUGAUUUCCUGUUUUCCAAAUGCCAUCAUUGCAAAUGUGCCCGAGUGCCCAUACGGGUGGGAAAUAGGACAGCUGUCUUUGGGUGGUGUGUGCUACACAGGGGUCAAUACUCCUGGCUUCUACCGCUUUACCAUUCCUGAUCUCACACCCAAGAAUCUCUCGUACUGUGCCACCAUGUCUGAGUAUGUUGGAGGCAAAGACCCAAAGUACAUUUUCUACAACUCUGUAGUCUCCAAUGACUCAUCACUAACAGUGCGGAACCAGCCGGUGAACUACACCUUUAGCUGUACGUACAGGGCGGCUUACUUGGUCAACAAUGCAGUCUUCAGUCAAAGAGUGGCAACGGUUUAUGUCAACAAUGGGAGUUUAGGUUCUUUUAAGUCUCAAUUGUCUAUGAACGUGUUCACAAACUCUAAGUUCCUGUAUGCUAAAGAUGCUCCAUACGUGAUUGACACCUCGGAAAUUGGCUCGGAGGUCUUCAUCGGCAUCGAAGCGAAAGGACUGAGUAAUAGGUUUAAGGUGGUUAUAACAAAUUGCUGGGCAACACCUACUCCUUAUUCAACAGACAAGAAGAGAUGGAGCUUAAUUCUCAAUAGCUGUUCGUCAGAUAACACCGUGACCAUAUUUGAGAACGCCAAAGACAGCCGCUCAAUGUUCAAGUUCAAUUCAUUCCGCUUUCAGCGACUAGAGAAAGUAUCCACUGUCUGGCUUCACUGCGAGGUUCAAGUGUGUGAUGGCGAAAAGCUCUACUGUCAGCCGACUCCAUGUACAUCAAGGAGUGUCAAAUCUGAACCAGAUCCACAUGGAGGCGUCUUGACAAUGGAGUUUCAAAUUAAAGCACAACAUUCUUCCAGUUAUACACAUCUUGCAGGAACUUUUCUGAGCAUGUUGUGUGUCUUUCUGCUUAAUGCAGUUUUGCAUUAUACCACUUUGUAAAAGAUGCGUAGCACACGCACACGCACAUGCGUGCACACACACACACACACACACACACACACACACACACACACACACACACACACACACACAGAACAGCCAUACAAGUGUCUCAGGGACUGUAAGACACUUUCCUCCUAAACACUUGCUUGCAUCUUGAAAUGUUUCUUUUAUUUCAUGUGAAACAUUACAAUAAAAUCAAUACAAGAUGUGAUAUCUUAUUACAAUGAAGAAAAUACAUUCUGUUUUGGUUUGAUGAGAAAUCACCUGUAAAUACAUUACAGUACUUUAUAUGAUUACUUUUCAUUUGUCACAAAAUAGUGUUAGAUAUAAUCUGAAGAGAUAAAAAACAGUGGUAG